GCCAAGUAAGAGGUGUUCCUGGAUCAACAUAUUUUGUUGAUCCUGGAUCAACAUUUAAUCAACCAAUCACAAGCCUCUGAUGUCAUCCGUGUGUGCCGACCCAAAAACCCGUCACUCCAUUUUGAAUCUUCCCUCCCCACCUUCCUAUGCUGACCGACAAAAGAAAUGUUCCAUCAUGGAGGAGUUUAUCAAAAAGUCUGUGGAAAAUGAAGAAAAGAGAAAAAUAAGACAGAAAAACAUUAAACUCAAGGUGCAUAUUCUUAAACCAGAUGAUCAAGAAGAGAACUUUAUCACAGAAAUAAUUAACAAAGAGCACACAAAAUCAUUCAGGACCACAAAUUGUUCCAGUUUAAAAGAUAAAGGAAGAGGAUAUUAUAUUUUCCAUUGCAGAAGAUCUGGAAAUGUAUAUGAAAGAAGUCACAGAGCUGUCGGGUGUAAAGCAUACCUCUCUUUUAAAGUGAGAAAUGAUUGGAAAGGACACAAAGUUAUUGUGCAGAGAGUAUUUGACCAGCACAAUGGACAUGAUGUUUCUGUAGAAGAUGGUCAUUUUCAUCAGAUUCACCCUCAGCUGGUGGAUGAGAUCAAGAAGUGGAUUACAUUAGGCGUAAAACCAGAUGUCAUCCUCCUUCAAGCUCAUCAGUGGUCAAAAGCUCAUGGAGAAGUUAAUUAUCAUUCCAGAGAAUAUUUUGUUACACCAGAAGACAUACAUAAUAUCCGUACCUGUAUGCUUCGAGGGAAACAUCUUGAUAAAGAUGAUUAUAAGAGUACAGAAAAACUAUUAUCUGGUCCUUUAAAAGAUAAUGUUGUAUUUUAUCAGCCACUGGAUAAUGAUCAGGAUCUUAUAAUUGUUCUCCAAACGGAGUGCAUGAGAAAAGACUUACAGGACCAUGGGAGUAACAUUGUGUUUUUUGAUGCCACACACUGUGUGAAUCAAUAUUCCUUUCCACUUUUUACACUGCUUGUGAGAGAUGACCAUGGUCAUGGAGUUCCUAUUGCAUACAUAAUAACAAGCAAUGAGACACAAGAAACCCUUAAGCUUGCACUUCGGAGGCUACGACCUUUGUUCCCUAAGCCACCAAGGUGCUUCAUGGUUGACAAAGACAUGAGUGAAAUAAAUGCUUUGAACGACGUUUUCCCUGAGUCUGAUGUUCUUCUUUGCUGGUACCAUGUACUCCAAGCCAUUGUUCGGUGGUUGAUGAAGUCAGAUUCCAGUGUUAGUGGGCCACAGCGUUCAAGUAUCCGGAAAGAAAUUAUUGAUUACUUCAAAAAAAUGAAAGCUUGUCCUAUGAAGGCUGACUUUGACAGAAUGUCUAAACAAUUCCUAAAGGAAUUUUCUCACUACAAAGAGCUUUGCAAUUACUUCCAGAGGUACUGGGAACCAAUAAGUCAUAGAUGGGCUGACUAUGGACGUUGUUAUAACCAUGGGAAUUCAGAGACCAACAAUUUAAUAGAAAGGUUCUUCCAUCGACUGAAAUACCAAUUCUUAUCUGGGAUAAGAAAUCGGCGUUUGGAUGACUUGCUUGACGUCCUUCUUUGCAAGACGGAGACUUACUUUCAGGUGAUAAAACACUUGCAAUCAGCAGGAAGAAUGGCAAACUGUGUUGCCAUGAAGUUGGAGGAAACAUUAAGCAAAGCAACUAGAAUGAUGGAAAAAGGCUGGAUUGACCACAUUACAAGCGAAUCAUCGGAAAUAUAUGUCUAUAAUGUGCCAUCCGAACAAGACUCCUCACUUUCCUACAGAACCUGCCCAGCGGAGUGUUUCUGCAGUUGCCCUGUGGGUUUGAAAGCUGGAAGCUCAUGCAAGAGCUUUACAAAACAAUGGUCACUUCAGUAUCUGUUCUGAGGUGAAGAUGGAAAUCGACGUCGAAAGUCUUUGUGG